CACAAUUCGCAUAUCCCAUCAAAUUCCUGUUGUAGACCACUUUCCUUAACGAAUGUAGAUGAAUUCGAUGAAAUGUUGUGUAAAAGUGCAAGGGGUUGUUUGAAUUUGAAUUUGGCGCCCGUUGACGUCAUUAAGCACCGCCCCACAGAUUCUGAUGGGCAAUUUUUUUUUAACGACAAAAAUUAAAAAUGGGUGUAGAUUUUUUUGAUAAUCAUCAAAGUAAACAUUUAUGAUAUUAUCGAGGACAUGUAAAAACAUAUCAGGAUAUUUUUCCGCGUUUAAUUUCUAGUAGCAACAAAUUAUAACCUAAAAUGCUGAAGGAAAAAGGGCAGUUGAAAUUCGAGGAUAAAUGGCCCCAUAUGCAGCUGAUUGUUUUGAAACUCUUAAAACAAGAGCCAGUUUCUCCAGCCGAAUGGCAAGAGUUAUUUUAUGAUGUUCAUUUGGUUUGUUUGUGGGACGAAAAAGGGCCUGUAAAAUUAAGAGACCACUUACACGACGACAUAGUAGAGUUUAUAAAGCAAGCCCAGGCGAGGGUUUUAGCCCAGAGGCAGGAAGAAGCCCUAUUAAAGGCUUACAUAGCCGAAUGGCGAAAGUUCUUUACCCAGUGCAACUACCUACCAACCCCGUUCAAACAACUUGAAACAUCUUUGCAAGGGAAACCAAGCUCUGGCAAUGCCAGCGUGCAGAGUUCAAGCAGUAAAAAAGGCCCUGCAGAUGAAAGUAUAGUGAGAAAACUGAUGUUGGACUCGUGGAACGAAAGUAUUUUCAGUGAUAUUAAACACCGGCUGCAGGACAGUGCUAUGGAAUUGGUGCAUGCCGAAAGGAAAGGGGAAGCCUUCGAUGCCCAGUUAGUAAUAGGUGUUAGAGAAUCGUACGUGAACUUGUGCUCCAACACGGAAGACAGACUGCAGAUAUACAGGGAAAACUUUGAGGCUGCUUACAUAGAGAGCACUGAUAUGUUUUAUAGGUUAAAAGCGCCUGAACAUUUGGCUAUUAACGGGGUGCAAGCGUACAUGAGGUAUGCUGACAGUAAAUUGAGGGAGGAGGAGGUGAGGGCUCAGAGAUAUUUGGAGGCAGGGAGUAACGGGGUUAUACAGUGCUGUGUUAAAGUGUUGGUGGAAAAUGCGUUGUCAGUGCUGUUGGCUGAGUGUGCCCCUCUGAUUAAGGCAGGAGAAACGGAGAGAUUGCAGUUAAUGUUCAGGUUGCUCGAACGGGUGCCCGACGGCGUGCUCCCGAUGCUCAAGGAGCUCGAGAACCACAUAACGCACGCCGGUCUGGCCGACAUGGUGGCCGCCGCGGACAUAAUCACGCAAGACUCGGAGAAGUACGUCGAGCGGCUGCUCGAGCUGUUCCGCCGGUUCAGCGACCUCGUGCACGAGGCGUUCUCGGACGACCCGCGCUUCCUGACGGCGCGCGACAAGGCAUUCAAGGCCGUCGUCAACGACACCACCGUGUUCCGGUUGGAGCUGAGCGCGGGGCGCAGCGCGGCCGCCAAGGCGAACGCGCCCGAGAGCAAGUGCCCCGAGCUUCUGGCCAACUUCUGCGACAUGCUGCUGCGCAGGACGCCGCUGUCGAAGCGGCUCACCAGCGAGGAGAUCGAGUCGAGGUUGAAGGACGUGCUGCUCGUGCUCAAGUACGUCUCCAACAAGGACGUGUUCAUGCGCUACCACAAGGCUCAUCUCACCAGGAGGCUCAUUCUCGAUGCAAGUGCCGACAGCGAGAAGGAAGAAGACAUGGUGGAGUGGCUGCGCGAGGUGGGCAUGCCCGCCGACUACGUGAACAAGCUGGCGCGCAUGUUCCAGGACAUCAAGGUGAGCGAGGACCUGAACGCGCAGUUCAGGACGUCGACGGCGCGCCACGACGCCAUCAACAUCAAAAUACUGAACGCGGGCGCGUGGGCGCGCGGCUCGGAACGCGUCACCGUCAGCCUGCCCGUCGAGCUCGAAGACUACAUACCGGAGGUCGAGGAGUUCUACAAGAAGAAGCAUUCCGGCAGGAAGUUGCAAUGGUACCACCACAUGAGCAACGGCACGAUAACGUUCGUGACGUGCGGCGGCAAGUUCGACCUCGACGUGACCACGUUCCAGAUGGCGGUGCUGUUCGCGUGGAACCAGCGGCCGCACGACAAGAUCACGUACGAGAACCUGCGGCUGGCCACCGAGCUGCCGGACGGCGAGCUGCGCCGCACGCUCUGGUCCCUAGUCGCCUUCCCGAAGCUGAAGCGCCAGCUGCUGUCGUUCGCGCCGAACGCGGCCGCACCCAAGGACUUCACCGAGCACACGGUGUUCUGGGUCAACCAGGACUUCGCGCUCGUCAAGAACGGCAAGACGCAGAAGAGGGGAAAGGUAAAUCUCAUUGGACGCUUACAGUUGAGUACAGAAAGGUCGCAAGUGGAAGAUAACCAAUCCAUCGUGCAACUGCGCAUACUUAGGACCCAAGAGGCUAUAAUUAAAAUUCUGAAAAUGCGGAAAAGAAUAUCGAACGCAGCCCUUCAAUCGGAACUUGUAGAUAUCCUGAAAAAUAUGUUCCUUCCUUCCAAAAAAAUGAUCAAGGAACAGCUGGAAUGGCUCAUCGAACACAAAUACAUGAAAAGAGACGAUGACGACAUCAAUACUUUUAUUUAUAUGGCAUGA